ACUAGUAUCAACUUUAAAAACAUAAUGUCACCUAUUCCUACAGAACAAGCAGGUACAUAUGAGGUUGAGGUAUGUGAGCAGGGAGAAGCAGACCUCCAUAAACACUACAGCGGUUGUAAAAAAAAUCCAGGUCAUGCACAGUUUCUUCCCUUACAUUCCUUAUCAACUAAAUUUCUUCCUGAACGUUAUGCCAACGAAGAAAUUCUCAACCUGAUUAACAUUCUCGCCAAGUUGACAGUGAUGCUAAAGGUCAAGUACACUAGUCACACGAGACCUGAGUUCACCCACGGCACGGAUAUUCCAUAUCCAUUUUACAAGCUCAGAGGUAGUGAUGUUCUUAGAAUAGGGACUGGGACUAUACUUGGUGUGUCCAACGACAACACAUUAGCUGACACAGUGUGUUCUUGUAGUGAGUGUACAGAAUCUGAAGCACCGAAAUACUCUUGGGGAAAACUACAUGUUCUGACUGCCACACAUUUAGUUUUCAAUGACGACGAGGCGCUCAAAACUAGUUGUGUGUAUGGGUUUAACAGCAGCUGUAGUGAACAAGCGACAUUGAAAGGGUUGAAAAUAUUGAGGAAAAAUAUUGAAGAGGAUAGUUGUAUUCUUCUGUGCGUUACGCAUGAUACAGAGUUUGUGGAAAAUGUCAGGAAAAUUGUGAAUGAGUUUGAUAAAUUAAGUAAGGAGCUUCACAAACGUUAUUUAGAAUACCGAAAUGUGGACAAGCUGGCAUUGAUUGUUUCACACCCCCACGGCUGUCCGAAACAGCUGAGUGUAGGCCAGUGGAUUCAGAAAGUUCAACACAGCGCGGACAAAACCAGGUACACUUAUACAACCUGCACCUGCCCAGGUAGCAGUGGGGCGCUGGUCUACACCCUGGGAUGGUGGAACUGGUGUUUUGAUCACGUCCACAGCGGCUGCAAUGGUGAGGUCAACUACAGCAGUGUGGGGCUGGACAAGACGUAAGAAAUUAUAGGUACAAUAUUAGUUCAUCAUUUCAUUCAUAGGGGGUCGAGUUG